GGUGCAGAGGGAAAAAGGGGAAAAACAGAUUUGGAGGGAAAAUAAGAGAAGAGGAGAUGCCGGUGGCGAGGCGAGAGACGUGCGAUGGAAGAGUGAUUGCUCAUGUAGACAUGGAUUGCUUCUAUGUUCAAGUGGAACAGAGAAAGCAACCAAAUUUAAGAGGCUUGCCCUCUGCAGUCAUACAGUACAACUCCUACAAAGGUGGAGCCCUCAUUGCUGUUAGCUAUGAGGCUCGCCGAUGUGGCGUCAAACGUUCAAUGCGAGGGGAUGAAGCCAAGGAGGCAUGCCCGCAAAUUCAACUGGUCCAAGUCCCGGUGGCGCGUGGUAAGGCUGAUCUCAACUCGUACAGGAAUGCGGGUUCAGAGGUUGUUUCGGUUCUUUCACAGAAGGGCCGUUGCGAAAGGGCUUCGAUUGAUGAGGUAUAUCUUGAUCUAACCCAUGCUGCUGAAACCAUGUUGAUGGAAACUCCUCUGGAUAGCAUGCAAGACUUUGAGGAUGAAGUUCUCAAGUCACAUGUUUUGGGUUUGGAAAUUAAGGAUGGAAGUGACGCCAAAGAUGAAGUUAGGAAGUGGCUUUGCAGGAGUGAUGCUAGUUACCAAGAUAAGCUAUUAGCUUGUGGGGCUCUCAUUGUGUGUGACCUCAGGAUGAAGGUGCUGAAAGAGACAGAAUUCACAUGCUCUGCUGGUAUUGCUCAUAAUAAGAUGCUGGCUAAACUUGCAAGUGCUAUGAACAAACCUGCACAACAAACAGUUGUGCCACAAUCAUCUGUUGAAGGGUUGCUUGCUUCUUUGCCAAUAAAGAAAAUGAAACACCUUGGGGGAAAGCUGGGGAGUUCCUUACAAAGUGAUCUUGGUGUCAACACUGUUGGUGAUCUGCUUCAGUUUUCAGAGGAGAAGUUACAACAGUGGUAUGGGAUCAAUACUGGUACUUGGUUGUGGAAUAUUGCUAGAGGAAUCAGUGGGGAAGAAGUUGAGGGGCGACUACUUCCAAAGAGCCAUGGUUCUGGCAAGACAUUUCCUGGGCCUCAGGCUUUGAAAACCGUUGAUUCUGUUCAACACUGGCUUAAUCAAUUGUGUGAAGAGCUGAACGAACGCCUUCACUCUGACCUUGAUCAAAACAAACGGAUUGCACAGACACUGACUCUACAUGCUAGAGCAUAUAAGACAGGGGAUUCAGAUUCUCAUAGAAAGUUUCCUUCUAAAUCUUGUCCUUUAAGGUAUGGGACUAGAAAGAUUCAAGAGGAUGCCCUAAUUCUAUUUCAAGCUGGGUUACGUGAUUUUUUGGGCUUCUACAACUGUAAGGCUCAUGGAAACGAAAAUAACAACUGGGGAGUAACAUCACUUUCUGUUUCUGCAAGUAAACUUGUGUCCAUACCAUCUGGGACACAUUCAAUUGUUAAAUACUUUGGAGGGUCAUUUCCAUCCAGUUCUACAUCAAAUCAAUCGCUGGAUGUUGUGAUUGAUGAAGCUGCUCCAUCCUCGCCUUCAGGAAGUGGAAAUUGUUCAGGAUUGGUUCCCAAUGAAUUUGAGCUUGAAUAUCCUGAAGACACAGGAAUGAAAGAUUCAAAGGCUUGUUUGGAUCAACAGGAUCCGUUGUGUCAUUUAUCCUGUAAAGCAGAUGGCUUGACUGAAGAAUCCUCCCUCGUGUCACCCUCAGGAAGCGAAGACAGAAUCCUGCACAAUGAGCCACAUAGAGAUUUACCUGCAACAGAUCUUAGGCGUGUUUCGAAUAUCUCUAGUUUGAAAGCAGUUGGGAAGAAAAAGACAGCAGGAAAGAAGCUUCAAGGGAAUUGUUCAAUUGUACAUUUCUUCAAUAAUUACCAUAAUUCCCAGUCUUCAUUGGAGCAGAAGAAUGUCAAAAUAUCAUCAUCACUUGGAUCUCACUCUGCUGAUAAUAGUCAUUCAACUUGUAUUCAAGUUGAGAUGCCUGCUGAGCACCCUCAUGAAGAGUUUGAUACAAACAAGAGUCGAUGUAGCGUAGGUAAUAUGCCACAAGGAAGGCAAGAUUGGAGUUAUAACAUCAAUGAGAUUGACCCCUCUAUCAUCAAUGAAUUACCACCAGAAAUUCAGCAAGAGUUUCAAAUCUGGCUUAGGCCGCAUAAGCGGCCUAAUGUGGCUAAACGAGGUUCUAGUAUUACUCACUAUUUCUCACCUGACAAAAGUAGAUAAAAUGAUUAUUGACUUUGGUUUAUUGUACAUAUUAGUCUGAUUUUUUUAAGAAAUAUGUAAGGUAGCUGAUUUGUGAUUUGGCUAUUUGGUUGAGACAUUUUAUGGUUUUUUAAGUAUGAUGCUCCAUGUAAGGUUUUUAUGUAAAUAAUGCAUAUCAUUAUAUCCGACCGAAUUCAACAAAAAAUUGCUAGUGCA